UAACAUAACAGCAGAGUGAUCACUGAUCAGUCGCUGAAUACAGCUAAUUAACACAAGACCAUGAGGAAACAAUACCUCUCUUUUCUUCUUCUAUCUCUCUUCCUUUCUGCAGAUGCCCGUGGCGAUUCCAAUGAGUGUGUGUACACGAUGUACGUGAAAACCGGAUCCAUCAUAAAGGGAGGAACAGACGCAAACAUAACUGUCACUCUCAGUGACGCAAAGGCCCGCGAGGUUCGAGUCCCGAACCUCCGGGCCUGGGGGAUCAUGGGCCAAGGCUAUGACUACCUGGAGCGCGGCAAUCUUGACGCCUUCACCGGCCGAGGCCCAUGCAUAGACACCCCGGUCUGCCGCCUCAACCUCACCUCUGACGGCUCUGGCUCCCACCAUGGUUGGUAUUGCGACUAUGUUGAGGUAACUACCACUGGCCCCCAUAAAUCAUGCUCCCAGACCUUCUUCUACGUUGACCAGUGGCUCGCUGAUGAUGUCAGCCCCUACAAUCUCACCGCCGUCCUCGACGGAUGCCACCGUGCACAAUACGCCCGUCGUGGCAGCAGGUUCAGUGUCGGGAAUAAUGCCAAGUUAUCGUCGGCUUGAUGAGAUAGAUGCAUGAUUCAAUUCAUUGAUUCAUCGUUCUUUCUUUUUCCUUCUUUUGAUUUAUUUUCUUUUGUGGUAGUUGAUGUUUGAUCUCUUUUAGUUGUUUUCAAUUUCGUGCAUGCUGUAGAGAAGUGGUAUGUGAUGAUGCUUUAUGCGUAUGCAUGGUGAAAAUUGUUAAUUGAAAGGAUAUUCUUCUUGGGUAUUGGCGUUGUAAUGAGGAAUUAUUUAUGGUGAAAAUCCUUAAUUUCACGUAAAGUUAAAAUUGACUA